GCCAGCGAGGUCGGUUCCGCCCGACUCUGACAUGGCGGCGCCCUUUGUCUGCUCUGAAGUGCCGUCCCCGGCCUUCUCGCGGCCGUGAUGCACCUCCCUCUACGGUGGGGUCCGGGACAUGGCAGGUGAUGAGCUGGAGGAGGAGAGCCGAGCUGGAGUUUACUCGAACCGUCAGAGAAGAGUAGCCUGGGCUCCUGGGAAAUCUGAGCCAUGGACUUCCCCCAGCACAGCCAGCACGUCCUGGAGCAGCUGAACCAGCAGCGGCAGCUGGGGCUGCUGUGUGACUGCACGUUUGUGGUGGACGGCGUCGACUUCAAGGCCCACAAAGCGGUGCUGGCGGCCUGCAGCGAGUACUUCAAGAUGCUCUUCGUGGACCAGAAGGACGUGGUGCACCUGGACAUCAGUAACGCGGCAGGCCUUGGGCAGGUGCUGGAGUUCAUGUACACGGCCAAGCUGAGCCUGAGCUCCGAGAACGUGGACGACGUGCUGGCCGUGGCCAGCUUCCUGCAGAUGCAGGAUAUCAUCACAGCCUGCCACGCCCUCAAGUCACUCGCUGAGCCGGCCGCCAGCCCCGGGGAGAAUGUGGCCUCGGCCCCGGAAGGAGGAGACAAGAGAGCCAAAGAGGAGAAGGCAGCUGCUGCUGGGCUGAGGGAGCUGGACCCCGCUGGAAGCGGUCCACCCGUGGGCCCAGACAGGGAGCCCAAGGAGGAGCGGGGCGGCCAGGCCGAGAGCACGGCCAGCGGUGCUGAGCAGACGGAGAAGGCCGACGCCCCCCGGGAGCCGCCCUCCGUGGAGCCCAAGCCCGACCCCACGAGCAGCAUGGCUGCUGCCGAGGCCGAGGCUGCCUUGUCGGAGAGCUCGGAGCAAGAAAUGGAGGUGGAGCCGGCCAGGAAAGGAGAAGAGCGGGAGGACGAUGGCGCGGUGGCUGCAGAGGUCAAGGAGGAGGGGCCGCAGCUGGAGAAGGGGGAGGCCCCCGAGGAGAGCGAGGAAUCGGCCAGCACAGACUCGGGCCAGGAGCUGGGCGCCGAGGCCCGGGGCCCGCGCUCGGGCACCUACGGCGACCGCACCGAGUCCAAGGCCUACGGCUCGGUCAUCCACAAGUGCGAGGACUGCGGCAAGGAGUUCACGCACACGGGCAACUUCAAGCGGCACAUCCGCAUCCACACGGGCGAAAAGCCCUUCUCGUGCCGGGAGUGCAGCAAGGCCUUCUCGGACCCGGCCGCCUGCAAGGCCCACGAGAAGACCCACAGCCCGCUGAAGCCGUACGGCUGCGAGGAGUGCGGCAAGAGCUACCGGCUCAUCAGCCUGCUGAACCUGCACAAGAAGCGGCACUCGGGCGAGGCGCGCUACCGCUGCGGGGACUGCGGCAAGCUCUUCACUACGUCCGGCAACCUGAAGCGCCACCAGCUGGUGCACAGCGGCGAGAAGCCCUACCAGUGCGACUACUGCGGCCGCUCCUUCUCCGACCCCACCUCCAAGAUGCGCCACCUGGAGACCCACGACACUGACAAGGAGCACAAGUGCCCGCACUGUGACAAGAAGUUCAACCAGGUGGGGAACCUGAAGGCCCACCUGAAGAUCCACAUCGCAGACGGGCCCCUCAAGUGCCGGGAGUGCGGGAAGCAGUUCACCACCUCAGGGAACCUCAAGCGGCACCUUCGGAUCCACAGCGGGGAGAAGCCCUACGUGUGUAUCCACUGCCAGCGGCAGUUCGCGGACCCUGGCGCCCUGCAGCGGCACGUCCGCAUCCACACAGGCGAGAAGCCGUGCCAGUGCGUGAUGUGCGGCAAGGCCUUCACGCAGGCCAGCUCCCUCAUCGCGCACGUGCGCCAGCACACGGGCGAGAAGCCCUAUGUCUGCGAGCGCUGCGGCAAGAGGUUCGUCCAGUCCAGCCAGUUGGCCAAUCACAUCCGCCACCACGACAACAUCCGCCCUCACAAGUGCAGCGUGUGCAGCAAGGCCUUCGUGAACGUGGGGGACCUGUCCAAGCACAUCAUCAUCCACACUGGAGAGAAGCCUUACCUGUGUGACAAGUGUGGCCGUGGCUUCAACCGUGUGGACAACCUGCGCUCCCACGUGAAGACCGUGCACCAGGGCAAGGCGGGCAUCAAAAUCCUGGAGCCAGAGGAGGGCGGUGAGGUCAGCGUGGUCACGGUGGAUGACAUGGUCACGCUGGCCACCGAGGCACUGGCGGCCACCGCCGUCACUCAGCUCACAGUGGUGCCGGUGGGGGCCGCAGUGACCGCCGACGAGACGGAAGUACUCAAGGCCGAGAUCAGCAAAGCCGUGAAACAAGUCCAGGAGGAAGACCCCAACACCCACAUCCUCUAUGCCUGUGACUCCUGUGGGGACAAGUUCUUGGACGCCAACAGCCUCGCCCAGCACGUGCGGAUCCACACGGCCCAGGCGCUGGUCAUGUUCCAGACGGAUGCGGACUUCUACCAGCAGUACGGGCCGGGCGGCUCGUGGCCGGCUGGGCAGGUGCUGCAGGCCGGGGAGCUGGUGUUCCGCCCUCGGGACGGGGCCGAUGGCCAGCCUGCCCUGGCAGAGACGCCCCCCACGGCCCCUGACUGUCCGCCGCCUGCUGAGUGAGGCGCCCCUCUUCUGACUUUAUUUAAGGAUGGACGGCACCCUAGAUCUGAGGGGUGGCCCCGUUCCCUAGAGAAUAAAUUUGAUUAUUUUCUAA